UACUGCAUUUUGCAGGUCCAAAAACUUACAGUUUUAGUUCACCAAUAGAUUCCAGUGCUGCUGCAGCUGCAAAUCUAGAUAAAUCUAUUCUUAAGGUAAUGAUAAGCAGUAAUUUGGAGAAAAGGAUUAUUGAUGUAAUCAAUGACCAUAAAAAACAAAACAAUGACAAAGGAAUGAUUUCCAGAAGACUGACUGCUAAAAAACUACAGGAUGUAUACAUGGCUUUACAAAGGUUUUCUUUUAAGACUGAACACAUUGAAGAUGCAAUGAAAAAUACACUUUUAUAUGGUGGUGAUCUUCAUUCUGCACUUGACUGGCUUUGUUUAAACCUUCCUGAUGAUGCCUUGCCUGAAGGCUUUAGCCAGCAGUUUGAAGAGCAGCAACAUAGACCUAGAGCAAAAUUUUGUUCUCCAGUGUCACAACGUGAACCUCCACCUCGCUUAACAGAUAAGAAAAAGAAAGAGAAUAGCCCUGAAACUAAGGAGACCAAUACAAAAGAACAGAAAGAAAUGAGUAUGAAGGAGUGGAUUUUGCGGUACGCUGAGCAACAGAGCGAUGAAGAGAAAAAUGAAUCUGUGAAAAAGACAGAUGAAGAAAAGUUUGACCCAAAUGAAAGGUAUGUACAUCUGGCUGCAAAGCUUUCAGAAGCAAAAGAGCAAGCAAGCGCCUCCAAACAAGACAAAGACAAGCAAGGCCAGAAGGUGGCACAAGAGAAAAUAAGAAGAAUUCAACAAGAAAUGGCAAUGCUUGAAGAGCAUCCUUGCUUUGAUCCAGCUAUAAAGACAUCAAACCAACAACAGAAGGAAAAGAAGAAUGCUCCCCCACCUCAACCUCAAGAAACCACUUUGAAUUUGAGUUUACUUGAAAAACCUGAUGGUACUGCGAAGGAAGAAAAAGCCAAAAAGAAAGAACCACUAGAUAUAAGAAAUUUUGAUUAUAGUGCUCGAAGCUGGACUGGUAAAUCACCAAAACAAUUUUUGAUUGACUGGUGCAGGAAGAAUUUUCCCAAGAGCCCAAAUCCUGCUUUUGAAAAGGUUCCAGUUGGAAGAUACUGGAAAUGUAGGUAUGUAUUUCCCAUGAUUUUUUUCAAUUUUCCUUUUGGUUCAUUUAAAUACAGAAAUGCUGGUUACUUGUGUUUUGUCAGGCUGCUCUGGAUUUAAGUGGAUUAUAGAGUGUUUGUCUGAAGUGAUUUUUGCUAGCAGGGAGAUAUUUUUACACUGGAUGGCUCUACAAAAGUAAUUCUAAGGGUGGACCUAUGGCAAA